AAUUCGGAGAGUACUAGGCAAAUUAGUGUUGUUUAUCAAUUCCAAAAGAUAGUCUUCAUUUUUGCUAUAAAAUAGUUUCGAACCACAGACAAAGAUAAAAAAACUGAAAAUUGGAGAGCUGAUCACGUACGCAUCACGUUUUUUCAGGCAGCCAGUAUUUUUGCUCGAGUCACGAACAGGGUAUCCCCUGAGGAACUCGACAAUGGCGGGCCGAUCCGUCAGGAGUUGCGGGAUAAAGAAUUUCUUUGCCAUUGAAAGCUUCGAAUUUCGACACUCGUUCCUCUGUGGUUUUUUGGAAAUGAUUUAUUUUUUCAAUCCUGGAUCAUUCCAAACGAAUUUAUUUUUGUUGAUCAAAUCGAUUCACAAUCAUUCUGCUCCUAUUUAUUUUGUUUGUUUCCUAAAAACAAUUCUCUUGCGGCAAAUGCCUGUGGAUUACGAUAAUUUACAAGUCUUCGUGCAGUGUCUACGAUCUGAUUUACGUUAUUGCAAUUUGAUGGGACUAUGGAGGGAGAUUCAACUUCACCUUGAUCAUUGUGAGACAUGCUCCUCAUUGUGUAAUAUGGUAUUAGACGACUUCAAUGUCGGCUUAAAUGUCAUCCCUGCUCGUUAUGAUGCAUUCAUAACAACUUUCCGCGCAGCAAUAAAACAGGCACCUUCACUCCCUGUGAUAUCGUCCUCCGGUGCGACCAAAAGAGUUCGUCAGAUGUAUCAAAAACUCCUCAACAUAUCUGUGAAACGGCAACAGAUGAAAUGUUCACCCCUGUUUCCUCUUCAAGACAAUAUCAGUGUCGACACGAGUUUGUCCCUAUCACUGUUGUGUACACAUCCUCCAACGAAAUUUAUCAGAGAAGAUUGGGAGGAGAUGAAUACGUUUUGCGAGGAAGAGGAGGCCAAGGAGGAGCGAGCAUCAAUUAAAAGUCAAAAAGAGAGAAGGGCAAUGAAGGUGCCGGCUGAGAAGAAACGCUCUAGACUGAGACUGAACGAAAAGGUUGAGAAAAAAAGCUACUCCUCCACCACGGAGCCUCAGAAAAAGGACAAACGUGCAAAACUGAAACUGUCAAUGGCUGAGAGUAGGAAAAAGAUCCAAUCCUCGUCAUCCAGUAACGAGCCAACGACGAGGGGCAAACGUACAAGACUGAGACUGUCAGAAAUGGCUGAGAGUAGGAAAAGGGAAGGGAGCGAAUCCUCGUUAUUGAGUGACGAGCUACGGAAGAAGGGCAAACGUGCAAGACUGGGACUGGUGGGAAAGCCUGAGAGUGGAGGAAAGAAAAGGAAUGGACCCUUGUCACUAUGUAACGAGCCAGAGAGUAAGGACAAACCUGAGUAGAUAUAUAGGGGCGGU